GACGAACCCAUCCAUCUUCAACGAAUGCGAAUGCCAUCAGGAAGGAAUAUACUGUCGUCGCAUUUCUAUAUAGUUACUUGGCUAUCCUUCUCGAUAUCGGGAAGUCUCUCUAUAAUAGCAAUAUGAGCGUCAUUCUCUGUACUGCUGGGUAUGACCACACAAUCAGGUUCUGGGAAGCCCUUUCUGGCAUUUGCUCGCGAACAAUCCAACAUUCAGACUCCCAAGUAAACCGAUUAUGUAUUACUCCGGACAAGCGAUAUGUCGCCGCAGCGGGACGCGACAAUGUGAAGCUAUACGAUAUCAAAUCUACAAAUCCAAACCCAAUAAUGACGUUCGAUGGACACACCAACAAUGUCACCGGGGUUGCAUUUCAUUGUGAGGGAAAAUGGAUGGUUACAAGCUCAGAGGAUGGGACGGUCAAAGUCUGGGACACGCGCAUUGGAACUCUGCAGCGCAACUAUGUACACCAGGCGCCAGUAAAUGAUGUUGUGAUCCAUCCGAACCAGGGAGAGUUGAUAACGUGCGAUCGUGCCGGAUUCGUUAGAGUCUGGGACUUGGGAGAAAGUAAAUGUACCCACCAGCUUCAACCUGAAGAGGACGUCGCAAUGGCCAGCGUGAGCGUCGCGAGUGAUGGAUCUCUGCUGUGCGCCGGUAACAAUAAGGGAAAUGUAUAUCUUUGGCGCAUGGUCCAAGAUCGUGAUCUAACCAAAAUCGUCCCAUUUAUCACUUUCCAAGCGCAUAAGGACUACCUAACUCGAGUGCUACUUUCUCCUGAUGUCAAACACUUGGCGACAUGCUCAGCAGAUCAUACCGCAAAAGUGUGGUCACUAGAUCCGACUUACGGUCCGCCCAGUGAUGCCGAAGAAACAAAACAGAGUGCCAAUGAGGAGAUGAACAACGAGAAAGCACAACCUAAGAACGCUCCUGCGGCGGCAACGGACACGUCCCCCAUCACUAACGGCCACAAUGGCGUAUUAAGCAGCGAUGAUCUAUUCCUAGAUCCCUCCAAAGAAAACAUGCCCCUUACAGACACCAACGGCUCGACAAAUUUGUUCCCAACCCCGUCCGACGCGCCCAUAGACCCAAACACCAACGCCCCAUAUCUCGAGGCCACAUUAGCCAACCAUCAACGUUGGGUGUGGGAUUGCGCUUUCUCAGCAGAUUCCGCAUACCUCGUCACAGUUUCUAGCGACCACUAUGCGCGCCUCUGGGAGCUGUCGUCGGGCCAAAUCAUUCGGCAAUAUAGCGGACACCAUCGUGGUGCGGUCUGCGUUGCGUUGAACGAUUAUUCGGAGCCUCGAUAGAGAAUGACAUGGGGACUAAGGUCGGUUGGACCCCCAAGGUCGUUCUGCCAUAUUGUUGAGCGAACAGACCUUUUUGACAGAAGGGGGUUGUUAUUCUUUUUACGAUUUCGUAGCGGUUACCCUUUAUGUAGUAGUAUUUGAUUUGCCUAGAUUCUGCCUUGAUUGGUUUUUGAUGUUUCUUCUAAUAUUCACAUGGACAGGUAUUUUCAUAUGUUAGCGAGGCGUUGGGAUGGUCAUUUACCUGGCACUUGGUAUUUUGCUUUGUCUUUGAAUUCCGGUGACAGAAAACGGAUGCAGGUCUAAUAGCUGAAAUGGUGAACUUAUAUAACGGUGUUUCUCUUUGUUUGGAAUGUAUAUAUAUGUUAUGUCUUAGGUGUGCAAUCUGGCGAUGUGCUUUGUGCAACAUGGAGCUUUACUCAUCCCCUUCCCCAUCUGUUAUCCGCCCCUUCUAACAGGGAGGGUAGUACAGAGUACAAGCGAAUACUGAUGGGGGGGCAACGUGAAUCCCCGUUCAAAACACAUCUCUUGGAAUUCACUAGGUCAAGAUGUGCACUUUUCGUUAUCCUAGGCGGCUAGAAUCUAGCUAAAAGCAGCAGUCCUCAAUGAUACAGUCAACAUCCAGUAUAUAAAUCGGAAAUCUAACCAACAAGUUAUAUAGGCGAGAAACCAAAAAAAAAAAAAAAAAAAAAAAAA